CGGCCCGACCCCGAGCUCGCCGAGCAGGGGCGCCGGCUGCUGCUAGCCCGCGCGCCCGGAGCAGCCCACUGGUCCCGCGCGCCUCGCCCAGCGCUGCGCGCCCCGCAGACCCCGGUCCCCUCCGCCCCUCUUCUCCCCUCCCUCUCACCUUCUCCUUUGCUCCUGUUGCUUCUCCCUCUUGCCCUGCCUUCCUCCGUCUCUCCAUCUCUCUCCCUCCUUCCCCCUUGUUCUCUGUCCACGUUCCUCUUAUUCCCACCUCGGAUCCCCCUUUCUGUCCUGACCACCUCCCGACCCAUCUCUGACUCUCUACUGUGGCAGCAGCCCUCCCGGGGUCUGGGGUCUGCUCCGUGGCCCUGGGCCUCAGUGUCCUCGUCAGCGCACCCUCCUCCGGCGCCCCUCCCGGCUCAGCGCCGGGCGGCCUGGCCCCGCGGGAAGGAAGGAUGGUUCCCGAGGUCCGGGUUCUUUCCUCCUUGCUGGGACUCGCGCUGCUCUGCUUUCCCUUGGACUCCCACGCUCGUGCCCGUCCAGAUAUGUUCUGCCUUUUCCAUGGGAAGAGAUACUCCCCCGGUGAGAGCUGGCACCCCUACCUGGAGCCACAGGGCCUGAUGUACUGCUUGCGCUGUACUUGCUCCGAGAGUGCCCACGUGAGUUGUUACCGCCUCCACUGCCCUCCUGUUCACUGCCCUGAGCCUGUGACCGAGCCACAGCAGUGCUGUCCCCGAUGUGUGGAACCUCACACCCCCUCUGGGCUCCGGGCCCUCCCAAAGUCCUGCCAGCACAAUGGGACCAUGUACCAGCACGGAGAGAUCUUCAGCGCCCAUGAGCUGCUCCCUUCCCAUCUGCCCAACCAGUGUGUCCUCUGCAGCUGUAGUGAGGGCCAGAUCUACUGCGGCCUCCUGACCUGCCCAGAACCGGGAUGCCCCGCACCCCUCCUGUUGCCUGCCUCCUGCUGCCAGGCCUGCAAAGAUGGGUCAGGUGAGAGGUCAGCUGAAGAGGACACCACACAGUCACACCGUGGAGUGAGACAUUCCCAGGACCCAUGUUCCGGGGACAGUGGGAGGCGGAGAGGCCUGGGCACUCCAGCCCCCACCGGCCUCAGCUCCCCUCUGGGCUUCAUCCCUCGCCACUUCCGGCCUAAGGGGACAGGCAGCACGACAGUCAGGAUUGUCCUGAAGGAAAAACAUAAGAAAGCCUGCGUGCAUGGAGGGAAGACUUACAGCCACGGGGAGGUGUGGCACCCAGCCUUCCGCUCCUUCGGACCCCUGCCCUGUAUCCUGUGCACCUGUCAGGAUGGCCGACAGGACUGCCAGCGGGUAAACUGCCCUGCCGAGUACCCCUGCCGUCGCCCUGAGAAAGUAGCCGGGAAGUGCUGCAAGGUUUGCCCAGAGGACAAGGCAGACCCUGGCCACAGUGAGAUCAAUGCCACCAGGUGUCCAAAGGCACCAGGCCGGGUCCUCGUCCACACGUCAAUAUCUCCAAGCCCAGACAACCUGCGUCGCUUUGCCUUUGAACGUGAGACCUCUGAGCAGGUGGAGAUCUUCCUCUGGAAGCUGGUAAAAGAUGAGGAAACUGAGGCUCAGAGAGGUGAAGUACCUGGCCCAAAGCCACACAGCCAGAGGAAUGGAGGAAGAAAGCCAAGCUGUUCAGCCUGGAGAAGAGAAGACCCAGGGGGACAGGACUGCUGGCUUCAUGGCUCGGAAGGACUGCCCCAGGCAGAGGGACCGCAAGGGAAUCUUCCACUUGAUUCAGAUCAAGAAAGUCAGGAGGCAAAACUUCCAGAAAGAGGCACAGAAAUUCCAGCUCCUCAUGGGCACCCAUAAAGGUCACUGGAAUGUCUUCCUAGCACAGAUCCUGGAGCUGAAGGUCACAGCCAGUCCAAACAAAGCAACCAAGACCUUAUAAUAAAGACCUAAACAAUUGCUGAUAUGAGCUUUAUCAUUUUUC